AUUUUUUUUAUAAAGAAAUGCACCAAUUUGUCGUAUCGAAUCAGUGGUUAAUGUGUAUGUGUGCUGCACUUCUUCUGUCAACGGCGCCGUGAUGCAUCUAUCAAAAACCAUGACAUCAUCUUGAGACGUCGGUCGGUCGAUCGGUAGUGAAUCGAAUCGUAAAUCGUAAAGAGGCUAGACACAGCAGGAGGACAAGCAAACAAAAGUGUGUCGUCGCUCCCCGGUCGAAGAGAAUAAUUUUUGUCAUCGUCAGUGAUUUGUGCAGUUGGGUACAGUUUUGAUCGUGUGAUAGAGGGAAGGGGAACAAAGAACAUCCUUCGGCAGGGCACUUGCCGUGUAGGGAAUGUGAAGGAAAAUAAAGGUGAUUCCUGGAGUUCCACUAUAAUGGCGACAUCUAGCAGCAGUGCAAACAGCAACGCAACUAUCACCAACUAUCACGACAUUUACGUUCAACAGACCAAUAUCAACAAUCGCAACAACGACAGUGAAUUAGAUAGGAUAGAACAAAUGAGUACAAAUCCGACCCCUCCGCCUUCAUACAAUCAGCUUCCUUCGACAGUGACAGCAGGGAUCAGCAUCAACAACAACAACAACAAUAGUAGAUUAGUAAUGGUCAGCAACGAACGCUACCAGCUGCCGGGAACCAGCAGCAGUAGAGUCGGCUCCACAGGGAACGUAAUUAUCGUCCACGGUAGUGGCAGCAGUGGUGCGGUCAGUGCCGGUGGCCGUCGAGGCGAUCCCCCUAGCUAUGAAGAUGCAAUAAACCGAGAGGAACCGCCGCCGUCCUACGAUUCGUUGUUCGGGCGAGUCCGAGAAGCGCACAAAUCGUCCACCGGGAUGAUGGACUUCCUGAAGAACGUUGUGAUAUUGCUGCUGGGAACGCUGGGCUGCACAAUCAUCCUGGGCAUCACGAUCGUCAUCCCGGUAUGUAUGAUCGUCUUCGGAGGGGUCUACCUGUACGACUGCCCACAGGGCGAGUACAUCCCGGUCUAUCUGCUGGUCGGUGGCGGUUUCGGCGUACUCAAACAGCUACUUCACCUUUCGACCCGAGUCCGUAGCCGCGAGGAGCAGGAACUGGAACGGCUCCGGCAAUCGCCCACCCAGACCCUGAUCAACUGCUUCAUGCUGGGGUGGUUCAUCAUCGGCUCGUUCUGGAUCUACCGGAUCUACGAACCCAACUACGACCCGGCGAUGGGCAAGUACUGCAACAAGUCGCUGUACUUGUUCACCUUCUGGUUGAUCACCUCGGUCUACAUGACGCUGGGCAUUGUGACGGUGGUGCUGUGCGGUGUGAGCAUCAUUAGCAUUGCCAUCCACCGGAGGACAUAACAGUUGAAUGCACUGUUCGAGGUCUGAACUGCCCGGAGCAGGUAAGGCACGGCGCGGCCGGAUCUUCACGAGCGAAUCGAUUUGGGCAGUUAAGUAAGGGGAGGGAGAAAGAGAGAAUGAUAACGUUGCGCUUAUGCAGGGGAAUUUGAGCUAUUCCACCACUCAAAGAUGGCGCUGUGCAGGCUUUACGAUCGAGGUCAAGAAUUGAAACAAACCAAAUUUUUGAAAAAAUCUGGCAAAACAGUAUUUUUCGCUUUUUUUUUCGAAGGAAUUGGAUGCAGCUUUGAUUGUGCCAUACAUGAAUGCGCAGAAAGUUCUAUUGACAGCUCUCUUAGACAGUAAGGAUUAUAUAUGUAGACUAAAAAAACGCGUCGCCACUGUGGACGUAUUUACAUUUUUUUUUAGAUUUUCACUAUAACGAUCGACUCGAAAGACCAAGGAAUACUGUAGUUUUUUGUAUGCAGAAUCGAUCACGUAGAAAUGUUACAUAUUAAGGAUCUCCUCAUGUGUAUUCCCAACCGGUUUUUGUUGAAAGCGCGAUAAUCAACCUCAAUCGAAUCCAUAAUGAUUAAGCAGAUUUAUUUUUAGUGAGAUGUUAAGAUAUUAUUACGUUAUUUAGCACACGCGCAAAUAUUUAAGCAGAUUGACUCGAUGUUUGUACAAACGGCUCAUCGAUGCUGGGGAGUUGCUGCUUGCCUGGGAGUUGAGGUCGAUCUGUCCUCUUCUCUUAUUUUCAAAAAAUCAAAUCAUUCAUAUUUCUGAGGACAGACUGAACCACUUUGCUCCACUAAGUUCUCUGAUUUCCACCAUCGUUAGCCGACUCCAUUACUGUACAAUUUAGGAAUUACAUAGGAAUGUAUCGAUAUUUACACUAUAGUAAUAAGAGGGCGUUGAGACCAAACCAAAAGCCGAAGUAGAUUGCAAGACAGCAUUAUUCUCUCGCUAGAAUAAAACGAGCGCUGGUAUCGCCAUAAUGUUAACACAGCAGCUGAUGAAGCAUUUUGGAUGUUAGUCAUUUUAGGUUUUAACUCCCGCAUUAGUCGCAUCUCAGUCUUACAAAAUGAUUAUUUUUUUUUGUUUUUGAAAACCGUGUACACAACAGGAAACAACAAUGAUGCUAGUGAAGAGUAUUGGUGGCAAUUUGACUCUAUACACAACUUAUUACUAUAAAUAGUCUACUGUAAAUCGAGAGAACUGUUUACAUUGGCUUGGUGCCUGACGCCGCUGAACGGAUAAACCUUAAUAUGAAACCUUUAAAAUCCUAACAUUAGGCGAGUGAUACCGAGGUCGUAUGUCAUGUCAGAAAGCUAUAAACAAUACGAUACAACAAAUUAGGCUUUUCACUACCAUUGACUAAGUUACUAUUACUAUUGAUAUGACUAACCGUUAGUGGAUGCGAAACGAACAGCAAUUGUUGGUCGUGAUAAGGAAAGAAGAAGAAGAAGAAAAAUCCUUUCACUUCGUAUAUAUUUGUAUGUUCCCUCCUACUACAUUUUUCCCUAUACCAGUUACAAAUGAAAAUAUACUAUGAAAUUUAAAACAUAAUCUGUAAUAACAUGCAAAUCAUGAUUGUCUCUCGUUAGUGCGUUUAUCACUGAG